AUUAUGACUGUACCAAAUGACCCUUACACGUUCCUGUCCUGUGGAGAGGAUGGUACAGUGCGGUGGUUUGAUCUGCGUAUGAAGACCAGCUGCACAAAAGAGGAUUGUAAAGAUGACAUUUUGAUUAAUUGUCGAAGGGCUGCUACCUCGAUAUCCAUCAGCCCCCUGGUACCAUACUACCUUGCUGUUGGAUGCUCUGACAGCUCAGUGAGAAUCUACGACAGACGAAUGCUUGGCACCAGAGCUACGGGUAACUAUAUGGGGAGAGGAACUACAGGGAUGUGUGUAAGAUUUGUCCCCCCCCACCUGUCCAAUAAGUCCUGUCGGGUGACGUCACUGUGCUACAGCGGAGAUGGGCAGGAGGUGCUGGUCAGUUACUCCUCUGACUACAUCUACCUGUUUGACCCCAAAGAUGACCAGGCACGGGAGCUCAAAGGCCCAUCAGAGGAGAGGAGAGAGGAGCUCAGGCAACCCCCGGUGAAACGCUUGCGCCUCAGAGGGGACUGGUCAGACACUGGGCCUCGCGCACGUCCCGAGAGCGAGAGAGAACGAGAUGGAGAGCAGAGUCCUAAUGUGUCCUUAAUGCAGAGGAUGUCAGACAUGCUCUCUCGCUGGUUUGAGGAGGCCAGCGAGGCCCAGAGCAGCAGGGGGCGGCCCCAAACACGACCCAGAGGUAUACAACUUCGAGCUGCAGGGUCUUCUACUGCUGCCUCGGAGACCCCACCUCAGGAGCCUUCAGGGGCUGAAGGGCCUAUGGAAGUGGAGAUCCCUGCCCCCGUCUCUGCCUCUACCUCUGCCUCUGCUUCUGAUUCUGCAGAACCUCUUCCCAAAUCGACCUCCUCCUCUUCUUCAGGCUCUUCUUCCACUUUGACAGCCCCUCCUCCCUCUAGCUCCUCCUCCAUGGAGAGCGCUCCCUCCUCUUCGCUUGUCUCCUCCCCCGACUCUGAGCAGAAGACCCAGGCUGAAGCUAGCCCCACCCCUACAAGUACCCCUACUCCAUCUUCAGAACCUGCCCUUUCCGAGUAUGGUCCACGCAGGCUGCCGGUAAGCUUAGUGUGCAGGCGUCUGCAGCGCCUCCUCCUGCUGGCGGACCCACCUGGACAGGGCCAGCGUACAGCCUCUGCAGCCCCCAGAGUUGCCCCUGCCCCCGAGAACCCACCCCAGGGGCUCAGUGCAGAGACCUCCCCCCCUGCAGAUUCCCCCUCGUCUGUGGUCAACAAACAGCUCGGAUCCAUGACUCUGGAUGAGCAGCUGGGAGGCUCAGAAGGCUCAGGGAAUGUAGGCAGUGGUGCGGGUGUGAGCGGUGGUGUAGGAGCCGUCGGGGCUGGAGCUGCAGCUGGCUCUGAUCCCAGCGUCACCUCCAGCGCUAGCGGCAGUGGCAGCGGCGUUGGAACGGGCAGCGCGGCAUCGGGCAUGAGCCGAGCCGGGACAGCAGAACCGGUUCUCAGCCUUCACUACAGCACAGAGGGUACCACCACCAGCACCAUCAAACUGGACUUCACUGAUGAAUGGAGCAGCCAAUCACCCAACUCCAGGGGGAGCAGUGGGACUCAGAAGACUGAGGAGGUGGAGGAGAACCAAACCAGAGGAGAGCCUGUAGGAGAGAGUAAAGAGCAGGGGCACGCUCCAGAUACGCGCACACGGCCUGCUCCAAUCGGCGAGGAGGGAGAGACCACGGACAGUGGCACGGAGAAGGCCUCCGUCAGUUCUCAGGGGAGCACACCCCUGCAGGCCCCAGAGGAGGAGAGCUGCACGGGGCCUGCAGCAAGCUCGGCCGGUCCCCGUCCCUCAGAAGAGCUCCAGGCCGCUGGACCAGAGGAGAUCAGCGAAAGCUGCAGAAAAAGUGAACCAGCAGGAGAAGAGGGCCAGGGUCCAUCCCAACCCUCCCGUAGCAACCAGGAUUCAGAUGACAGUGACGACGAUCCGAUACUCAUUCCUGCAUCCAGAUUUAAUUUCAGAGGAUCAGCUGUAGGUGAUAGACUCAUCAGACGCUCUGCUGCAGCGCGAAUCCAGGAGCUUUUCCGCAGGAGGAAGGAGAGGCGUGAGAUGGAGGAGAGCGAGACGCAAAACAUCAGGAGACCCUCUGUUAAGAUGGUUUACAAGGGCCAUCGCAACUCCAGGACCAUGAUAAAAGAAUCUUGUUUCUGGGGGAAUAAUUUUGUGAUGAGCGGUUCAGACUGCGGACAUAUCUUUAUCUGGGACAGGCAUACAGGAGAGCACCUGAUGCUGCUGGAGGCAGACAAUCACGUGGUCAACUGCCUACAACCUCAUCCUUAUGACCCCAUUCUCGCCUCAUCUGGCAUUGACUAUGAUAUAAAGCUCUGGUCUCCCCUUGAACAGUCACCGUCAUUUAAUCGCGUGCUUGCAGAAGAGGUAAUUGCACGUAAUGAACUGAUGCUGGAGGAGACAAGAAACACUAUUACUGUCCCAGCGUCCUUUAUGCUGAGAAUGUUGGCUUCACUCAAUCACAUCAGAACAGAUCGGCUAGAGGGUGAUCGUUCUGAAGGCUCUGGGCAGGAAAAUGAGGACGAGCAGUAAGCCUCCCGCGCGAAGGAAGCUAACCAUUUUGCUACGAAGCACUUGAACCUUUGAGAUUUGUACA